GUCCUGGCUCUGGUCCUGGCUCUUCUUCUCUGGUCGUCUGGAGCCUGGGCGGGUUCUUCUGUGGUGUCGGUGAGAGUGUGUCAAAGUUCAGAGUCGCUCUCUGGUUUCACCGUGAGGUGCAGCGGCCGUGUCCUCACACAGGUCCCAGUUGGUCUACCGAUCCACACUGUCCGACUUUUACUGGACCGAAACCUGCUCCAGUCUCUGCCUCCAAACGCCUUCCUCCAUCUGCACCGCCUGGAGAAUCUGGACCUGUCCCACAACAAGAUCUCGUCCCUGGAGCCUGGAUGUUUUCGGGGAUUGGUCGGUUCUCUGCGUUUCUUGGAUCUCUCGUCCAAUCUGCUGACGGUGCUGAAGCCUGAGUCUAUGAGCGGACUCCGAGCCCGGACCAACCUGACCCACAAUCCCUGGCACUGUGACUGCAGUACUCAGGAGGCACUCCCUCAGCUGCAGUUGGACCCAUUGUCUCUGAACGACGUAAUCUGCCAGAGCUCCAACAUCCCCAACCUGGGUGCAGUGGGGGCCCCGGUUCUGAUCCUGGUCCAGGACUGGGACCUGUGUGCAUCCGUGCGGCGACAGGUGGACCUGGUGAUGCUUUUGACCAUGGGUGUGUGGUUUCUCGCUCUCGUACUCUUCCUCUUGUUCUACGUCCAUCAGAACCAGGUGCAUGCGAAGCGCCACCUACAGUACAUCAAGACCAUGCACAUGUACCCGGACCCAGAGACGGAGCCAGAACCUGCCCCGGUCCAGGAUUGA